AUGGUUGCUUCACAUUAUUAUCAUUCUGUGUUAGUGCCCAUAGGACUGGUCAUCUCAGAUGAUGAUCAGGGUAUUCAGUUUCUCUCAGAUUUAAGAGAAGAAAGCCAAAGGCAUGGGAUCUGUUUAGCUUUUGUUAAUAUGAUCCCAGAAAACAUGCAGAUAUACAUGACAAGGGCUACAAUAUAUGAUAAACACAUUAUGACAUCUUCAGCAAAGGUUGUUAUCAUUUAUGGUGAAAUGAACUCUACUCUAGAAGUAAGCUUUAGAAGAUGGGAAGAUUUAGGUGCUCAGAGAAUCUGGAUCACAACCUCACAAUGGGAUGUCAUCUUAAAUAAAAAAGACUUCACCCUUAAUCUCUUCCAUGGGACUAUCACUUUUGCACACCACAAAGCUGAGAUUCCUAAAUUUAGGAAUUUUAUGCAAACAGUGAACACUGCCAAAUACCCAGUAGAUAUUUCUCAUACUAUAGUGGAGUGGAAUUAUUUUAAUUGUUCAAUCUCUAAGAAUAGCAGUAAAAUGGGUCAUUUUACAUUCAACAACACCUUGGAAUGGACAGCACUGCACAACUAUGAUAUGGCGAUGAGUGAUGAAGGUUACAAUUUGUACAAUGCUGUUUAUGUUGCGGCCCACACCUACCAUGAGCAUAUUCUUCAACAAGUAGAGUCUCAGAAAACGGCAGAACACAAAAGAUAUUUCACUGCUUGUCAGCAGAUGUCUUCCUUGAUGAAAACCAGGGUAUUUACAAACCCUAUUGGAGAACUGGUGAAUAUGAAGCAUAGGGAAAAUCAGUGUACAGAGUAUGAUAUUUUCAUCAUUUGGAAUUUUCCACAAGGCCUUGGAUUAAAAGUAAAAAUAGGAAGCUAUAUACCUUGUUUUCCAAAGAGUCAACAACUUCAUAUAUCUGAUGAUUUGGAAUGGGCCAUGGGAGGAACAUCAGUUCCCUCCUCCGUGUGUAGUGUGAUGUGUACUGCUGGAUUCAGGAAAAUUUAUCAAAAAGAAACAGCAGACUGCUGCUUUGAUUGUGUUCAGUGCCCAGAAAAUGAGAUUUCCAACGAAACAGCAGAUAUGGAACAGUGUGUGAGGUGUCCAGAUGAUAAGUAUGCCAACAUAGAGCAAACCCACUGCCUCUCAAGAGCUGUAUCAUUUCUGGCUUAUGAAGAUCCAUUGGGGAUGGCUCUAGGCUGCAUGGCACUGUCCUUCUCGGCCGUCACAAUUCUAGUCCUUGUCACAUUUGUGAAGUACAAGGAUACUCCCAUUGUGAAGGCCAAUAACCGCAUUCUCAGCUACAUCCUGCUCAUCUCUCUCGUCUUCUGCUUUCUCUGCUCCCUGCUCUUCAUUGGACAUCCCGACCAGGUCACCUGCAUCUUGCAGCAGACCACAUUUGGACUAUUGUUCACUGUGGCUGUUUCUGCAGUGUUGGCCAAAACAAUAACUGUGGUCAUGGCUUUCAAGCUCACUACUCCAGGAAGAAGGAUGAGAGGGAUGAUGAUGACAGGGGCACCUAAGUUGGUCAUUCCCAUUUGUACCCUGAUCCAACUUGUUCUCUGUGGAAUCUGGUUGGUCACAUCGCCUCCCUUUAUUGACAGAGAUAUACAAUCUGAGCAUGGGAAGAUUGUCAUUCUUUGCAAUAAAGGCUCAGUCAUUGCCUUCCACGUCGUCCUGGGAUACUUGGGCUCCUUGGCUCUGGGGAGCUUCACUUUGGCUUUCUUGGCUAGGAACCUUCCUGACACAUUCAAUGAAGCCAAGUUCCUAACUUUCAGCAUGCUGGUGUUCUGCAGUGUCUGGAUCACCUUCCUCCCUGUCUACCACAGCACCAGGGGGAGGGUCAUGGUGGUUGUGGAGGUUUUCUCCAUCUUGGCUUCUAGUGCAGGGUUGCUAAUGUGUAUCUUUGUCCCAAAGUGUUAUGUUAUCUUAAUUAGACCAGAUUCAAAUUUUAUAAAGAAACAUAAAGGUAAAUUGCUUUAUUGA